AGAAGCAAAUACAGCAUCUCCAGCACCAUCCAUUGCUACCCCCUCUAUGUCCUCCACCUCAUCCCCGUCCAGGGGCACGUUGCUUUCGUCAUCCCCUUCCUUCCAGAUGCCGGCUCUUUUCAGUGGUUUACGGGUGCUGAAGAAAGGAGCGGCAGGGGACGAGAGGGAGACACUCUCAGAGAUCAAGCAGAGUGAGAAGGAUGCUGACCUGGCCCUGCUCAGCCUGAAGAAGACGGUAAACAAGGCCAAGCUCUUCCCUGAGCAGAAGACAGCUUCUCCAGCCAAAAAACAUGCAGAGCCUAAACCCAUUGCUGACACCAAAAGCACCGUAAUGGGACAGCUCAGUCACCUUCUUAACCUAGACAGCCACAAGGAGACCAAAAAGCUGAAUGAUGGACAGGAGGCUAAUCCUGAACUCACCAAACAAAUUGAGUCUGAGAAUGGAGAAGAGGAUGCAGAGGAGAAAACUCCAGAUGCAAAGAGCACCACAUCCCCAUCUGAAAUAAGGAAAACUGCAGACUUGGCCUAUGAAACCUUUAGGAACAUCUUUGGCCCCAAAACUGCUAAAAAGGAAAAAGCAGAAAAUGUCGAUCUUGAUGCAGUGAAAAAGAAAAUCAAGAAUGACAAGGAAAAUCUGAGGUGUAUUUUUGAGAGAGCCUCCAAAUCUCCCAGCAAGGAACCAAAAAAUUCCACAGAGGCUAAUACAGAGCUCACGUCACCCACAGACAGCGAGGACCGGACUCCAGGGCGUCUGCAGGCUGUGUGGCCCCCACCCAAAGCAAAAGAUGAAGAAGAGAAGGUGGGGCUCAAGUACACCGAAGCAGAGCACCAGGCUGCCCUCUUGCAGCUCAAAAGAGAGUGCAAGGAAGACUUGGAAAGAAUGCAUUCAGAUUUUGAGCUCCAGACCUUCCAGCUUCGAGGUGAGCAUGCCGUCUCGAUAUCGCACCUGGAGGGAAUCAUUGCCAAGAUGCAGAGAGACAAGGCAUACAAUACAAGUCAUGAGCGAGGUGAGGUCCGCAAUGUUGCUGUGUCCACUGCAGACGAUCCAACACCCAAGACGUACCGCACUGUGGGUAUCCAGACUGACAGGGAAACCUUCAUCAAGAGCCCUGAGGUUGACAGCAGCGGGCUCAUUCAAAGCCCCACCCAGACCAUGCCGAAAAAACUUAACUUAGAUUCUAUCGGACUGAAUCUGGAGGUCAAAGCUGAAACAACCCCUGGGCCUCCUGGACCACCCCCACCUCCACCUCCACCACCUCCACCUCCCCCACCAGGCCUCUCGGGACCACCACCACCACCCCCUCCUCCUCCCCCUCUGCCAGGCAACAUGGGAGCACCGCCACCGCCCCCUCCACCACCUCCACUCCCUGGAGGUGGCCCACCACCCCCGCCACCUCCACCUCCCCCUCCUGGCCUACCUGGAGCUGGUCCACCUCCUCCUCCCCCUCCUCCAGGCUGUGGCGCACCACCUCCUCCUCCCAUGAGGGGAUUCAGUUUUGAUCAGAUGGUGGAGAAGGCUCCACGGAAGUCUGUCAUUGAGCCGGCCUGUCCCAUGAAGCCUCUGUACUGGACCAGGAUACAGAUACAGGACAACAACAACACACUGUGGGGCGCUCUGAAGGAACCAGACAUUGUCAACACCAAGGAGUUUGAAGAUCUUUUUUCCAAGGCCACGCUGCAGCCGAAGAAGAAGCCCCUGUCGGACACUUAUGAGAAGAAAGCCAAAACUAAGAAGAUCAUCAAGCUGCUGGAUGGGAAGCGUUCACAAGCAGUUGGCAUCCUCAUAUCGAGCCUGCACCUGGAGAUGAAGGAUAUUCAGCAAGCUGUUCUUACUGUGGACAACUCUGUGGUGGAUUUGGAGACCAUUGAAGCUUUGUACGAAAAUAGGGCCACUACUGAUGAGAUGGACAAGAUCAAGAGACAUUAUGAGAAAUCAGUAGAAGAUGAAGUCAAACUGCUGGACAAACCUGAACAGUUUCUCUAUGAGCUCUCCCAGAUUCCCGACUUUGAGGGCCGGGCUCACUGCAUCAUCUUCCAGUCAGUGUUCCUUGAUACCAUCUCCUCCAUCCAUUGUAAGGUGGACAUCAUCUCCAAUGUCUGCAAAUCGCUGCUAGAGUGCAACAGUUUGCAGGAUGUAAUGGGUCUUAUUCUGGCCUUUGGGAACUAUAUGAACGGAGGGAACAGGACUAGAGGUCAAGCUGAUGGCUUUGGACUAGAGAUCCUCCCCAAACUAAAGGAUGUCAAGAGCAGGGACAAUCGUAUCAAUUUGCUGGAUUAUGUGGCUUUAUACUACCUGCGUAAUUUUGACAAGCAUGCCGGUACAGAUAAGAGUGUGUUCCCUUUGCCGGAGCCUCAGGAUUUCUUCCAGGCUGCCCAGGUCAAGUUUGAUGACCUCGCUAAGGACAUCAGGAAGCUGAAGAGAGAUUUGACUGCUUGUGAGAGGGACGUACAGAAGGUGUGUACUAACUCAUCAGAGGAACACCUCCAGCCCUUUAAGGAGAAGAUGGAGGGAUUUGUCUCUGAUGCUCAAAAGGAGCAUUCUGCUGAAGAGGACCGGCUCAACACAGCACAGAAAAGUUUCCAGGACAUGGUGAGCUACUUUGGGCUUAAGCCAAAGGCCGGGGAAAAAGAUGUAGCCCCGAGUUACGUCUUUAUGUUCUGGUACGAGUUCUGCUGUGACUUCAAGAGCACCUGGAAGCGACAAAGCAAGAACAUCUCCAAGGAGAGGUUAAAAGAAGCUCAAGAAAAUAUCAAGAAGAUCACAGCAGAGAAGAGAGUCGAAACCAAGAAGAUCAACGCCAACAGUUUGAAAGAGAGGCUGCGGCAGAAGGAAGCCAGCGUGUCCUCCAGCUGAGAGCUGGAGAAGAUCACAGGC